UUCGGGUCCACGCAAAGGCAAGUUCGCGCUACGUGGCAGGUCAUUUGUUACUCACUCUCGCCACCUUCAUUCGCGCUCUUCUCGUCUCUCCCUCUCCAUCCUGCGAGCGAAACGUCUGCCGUCAUACGCGUAGGGAUCCCAUCUUGCUGUGUCUCACACACGCAUUUCGUCGAACACCUGCUCGGCAGAACGGCGAAUCCCUUUACCUAGUACGGAAUGCGAUUUCCAGGUCGAGCAGUAUGAAAUGGAUUGAAUAAAUCGUCCUUUCUUAGAGCAGGACUGGCCCAUGAUGAAUUUAGGGGGAUGCCUCAACAGGCGGCGUGUCGCAGCUGUUUGGGGGCGUGCGGUGUACUCGGCGGGUAGAUCUUUACAUGAUGGUAAUAUCUUUGGAAACCUAUCGUGGAAGCAUCUAUUUAGAGGUCAAGCAAUUAUUGAAUUUAGAAGCUGGAGAAGAGUUGAUUGUUUCCCAUCAUAUCUAUUUCAUCAGCAUUCUUUCUCUACUGGCUUCUCUAGCGUCCAUGGAGAUAGGCCAUCAGCAGAGUAUGCAAAAUUGAGGAAAGAAUCACUGGAAAGUGAAUUUGGGCAUGCCCUUGGAACUUAUAGCUCGAAAAGUGUUUCAGCUUUCUAUCAUUUUGGUCCAUUCUUGGCGUUGUACAGAGCUGCAAUUAUCUCAUUCCAUGUAGCUAAGCUGACCAUAUGGCACUUUUUUGUUCAUGACAUACGUAAACGUGCUAUUAAGUUUCGGGAGACUCUAAUCCGCUUGGGGCCUUUUUAUACCAAGCUUGGGCAAGCCUUGAGCACUCGACCAGAUAUAUUACCUAACGUUUAUUGCCAAGAGCUUGCUAAGUUACAGGAUCAAAUCCCACCUUUCCCAAAUCAUGUUGCAAUGAGGUCAAUUGAGUCUCAGUUGGGUGCUCCGGUUUCACAAAUUUUUGCUGAUAUCAGCCAGAAACCUAUUGCAGCAGCAUCCCUGGGGCAGGUGUAUAAAGCUCACCUGCAUUCUGGGGAACUUGUCGCUGUUAAAGUGCAGAGACCUGGUAUGUCACUCUCAUUGACUCUUGACGCCCUAUUGUUUAAUAUGAUUGGAGGCCAAUUGAAGCGAUUUGCCAAGGCUCGGAAGGAUCUAUUGGUAGCAGUGAAUGAGAUGGUCAGGCACAUGUUUGAAGAAAUUGAUUACAUCUCAGAGGCACAGAAUGCAGAGCGGUUUGCUUCACUUUAUGCUUUCUAUCCAAGCAGUGAUCAGAACAAUAAUAAAAGAAAAUCAGCUGUGGAUGGCAUUGGAAAUUCAAGGAAAAAUUGUAUCAAGGUGCCAAAAAUAUAUUGGAACUUCACCCGUAAGGCUGUGCUUACAAUGGAAUGGAUAGAUGGUAUCAAACUCACUGACGUGGAUCGCAUGAUGGAAGCAUCUUUGAACCGAAAGCAAUUGAUUGAUCAGGGACUUUAUUGCUCAUUCAGGCAAUUGCUUGAAGAGGGCUUCUUUCAUGCUGAUCCACAUCCUGGCAAUCUUGUUGCCACAAGAGAUGGAUCCCUUGCAUACUUUGACUUUGGUAUGAUGGGAGAUAUACCACGUCAUUAUCGUGUAGGACUUAUCCAAGUGCUUGUGCACUUUGUUAACCGUGACUCCCUGGGCUUGGCAAAUGACUUUCUUUCUCUGGGGUUUGUUCCCGAAGGGGAAGAUAUUCAGUUAAUUGCAGAUGCCUUAAAAGCAUCCUUUGGUGAUGAAUCCAGACAAACACAGGAUUUCCAGGGUAUAAUGGACCAGUUUUAUGAUGUUAUGUAUGAGUUUGACUUCUCUCUGCCCCCAGAUUAUGCUCUGGUAAUAAGAGCAUUGGGGUCAUUAGAAGGGACUGCAAAAGCAUUGGAUCCUGAUUUCAAAGUUCUCGAGAGUGCAUAUCCUUUUGUCAUCGGGAGACUCCUUGCAGACCCAAAUCCUGAUAUGAGGAAAAUAUUAAGGGAGCUUCUUAUCCGCAACAAUGGCUCCAUCCGAUGGAACCGGUUAGAACGCCUGGUAGCAGCAAUUUCUGAACAGGCAUCUGAGUCAGCUGAAGAGAAAUCUGAUAAAUCUGGUACAAAUGCUUCACAUGCUCGAGGAUGGAAGUCCUUUGACAUGCGCUCUGUUGUUGCUGCGACAGAAGAUUUAUUUCAUUUCAUUCUAUCAGAGAAAGGUCGAAGGGUGCGGGUUUUCCUUGUUAAGGACAUAAUCAAGGCAGGAGAUGCCUUUCUUCAUGGGGAAGCUCUGCGUUGCAUUUUCAAUGAGAAUCAUGGUCUGAGAGAGACAUCAGAUUUCGAGGGACAUGCAAUGUUCACGAGGGUGGUGAAUGGGUUUCUUUCAUUUCGACUUGCUGUGAAUUCGGCACCAGAGGUAUGGACUGCAAUGCUAAUACGCAUGGCACUGAAACCAGAGGUCCAUAGAUUUACUUUGGAUGUCAUUUCUGCCUUGGCAAGGCAUUCACGCCUUAAGCUACCAGAAGCUUUUUGGCUGUGUGUAUCUAGGUUUCUUCAUAAGGUAGACGAACCACAUAGACCAGAUGAUUCACCAAAAUGAAAUGAUUUUCUUCCUGAGCCA